UACGCUUUAACAACUGCGCUUUUUUCAAAAACGAGAAGCGAUUAAAAAUUAAAGCAAAAAAUGAGUUUCAAUAUAUAUAUAAUCUUUUUGUAUUUUAUCGGUAUUUUCGGUGGGUCUUUGCAUGCCCGGCGUUUUGGAACUGCCCAAAUUGGUCGAAAACGCUAUAAUAUUUAUAACAUUAAAGAGUCAAACUGGUUUCACGCUGCACAUCUCUGUCGUUCCCAUAAUGCUGAUUUGGUGACAAUCGAAUCGGAGAGUGAAAUGAAUGCUUUGUCCGAUCACCUAACUGCAAAUGGCUAUGCUGACGAAUAUUUCUGGACCAGUGGCAAUGAUUUGGUGGAGGAGGGGGAAUAUAUGUCGCUCAGUAAGGGACGAACAUUGACUUACACCAAUUUUUUUUACGAACCGGAUAAUUAUAACAAUGAAGAUUGCAUACAUAUUCGUAGUUAUAAAAAUAAAUUCUAUAUGAAUGACUUAGCAUGUAAUAAUACGAUUUAUGCGAUUUGUGAACAAAAACUGCAGCUAGCGGAGGGAUGCGAUAAUGAAAACUGCAUGAUUACCAUACCAAAACACGUAUUGUUGGAGGUUAUUGAACCAUUGUGGAAAUCUACAAAUGUGCUUAAUUAUAGAGAGUAACAAGUAAUAUUGUUAAAGUGGUUUUGAAAUAUACAAAUAAAUAAUA